GCCGUAUCUUGGGAAAAUAGCAAAGGUAAAAAAAAAAUUACUUUAUUCAUGACAUGACUACGGAUUUUGCAAGUACGACUGUAUUUUGUUGGUGCUGCCCGUGGCAGUGCCCGGAGCCCUUGGCCUGAUGUCUGCCACUGUGUUUGCUGCGAGCGAGGCCAAAGAAAAUAACACCACCCUGAUGACUGAUGAGCUUUCUCUUUAUGACACACCUGAGUCCCCGCUGAGGUACGAGCAGCCCGAGGUCGGUCAUGUUGAGCAGGGUGUAGCGUCUCUGAGGAAGACUGUGGAGCCUUAUUUUUCAUGGUGUCAGGAAAAGACACAGUUUGGAAUGGAGAAAGUACAGGCCUGCUACAAGACAGUUGAGCCUGGUGUGAAUAACACUCAAAGUAUGGUAAAAGAUAUGUUUACAUUUUUGAAUGACCCUCCAUCUGAGUUCUUCCCCAGUGUAGGUGUUAUAGGAUUUUCUGGAAUUCUUGGACUUUAUUUAGCGAAAGGCAGCAGAGUCAAGAGGCUGAUAUUCUCCACUGGGCUGAUGGCUCUGAGCACUUCCAUGUUCUACCCACAGCAUGCCUCCUCUGUUGCCAAGGCAGGUUUACAGUUCUUUCGGUUCAGAUGGACAGACUCUGUUGUUUUUCCUCAGCGGGCUUUCCAGUACAGACAGCGACCACAAAGCACUACAUAUUUUCCUGGAGUUCAGAAGGGCGAGUUAUUCUUGAAGAGCUGCUGAGAGGGAAAUCGUCCAAAGACAAAGAUGAGAAGACACAGAAAACAGACAGCCAAAAAUCAAGUUGAGACAAAGCAGUAUGUUUUCUAAGAAAGUUUCUGCUUUGCACCUGGAUGCUGUUCUCUUAUCAAUGCACUGAUCAGGAUAGUAUUUAUUACAUUAUUGUGUUGGUUCUGUUUACUGGAACUGUAUAUGUGACUAUUUGUUUUCUGUGCACUGAACGCACUUUUUUUUUGCAGUAUAAUAAGAAUUUAGACCAACCUGAAAAUAUAACUGCGUUUUUCAAAAA